AUGAUUUAUCUGAUCUGUGUUGUUAAAGGGCAACUUGAUCAUCUUUUCAGUUUCAGAGCUGAACGUAAAAGGGAGCAAAACUUCAAAAUAAUUACAUCAUGAAGUGUUCAGAGACUGAAAUGUAGUUUCAGUGGGCUAUGUACGAUAUUAUUCAAUAAUCAUGAGAACUAUAACAUCUUAUACAAUACAUGUACAUGUAGGUGCACUGGAAAAUCAUACAAAAAGUAACAAUAAUUAUAACCAGAACCAGAACUCUAAUGGGCAAUAGUGGUUAUUGAAAGAGCAAAUGUAAUGUAACUAAUAUUAUUUUUGCUAAUAUUAGAACACCAAACUCAACAUACUACUUGGUUUGUGAUAAAGCUCACUUUAAAACACAAUACAACUAUAAUCCCAUUUUCAAUUUUGGCUUCACUACCUAAAAAAGAGGAAAAAUAGGAGGUUUUUGUUUAAAAAUAGGAGAAAAUAGGAAUAUGCUCGAAAAAUAGGAAAAAAUAGCAACUGGACACCCUGGUCUCAGAAUUCAGUGGCAACAGAACAGUUCCCGUAAAAUCCUGUGGUGCUGAGAAACGAAGCUUCACUGUCACACUAGCAAUUGCCGCUGAUGGGAAGAAACUACCGCUUUCAGUGACCUUCAAGGGUGUUCGCAUUCCCAGAGACCUUGUUGUUCCACCAUCAGUGAAAGUUUACUCCAGCAGGCAAGAAGAAAGCUCCUUCCCUAAAUCUGGUCCUUCGCUGGAUAAAGCAAGCUUGGAGCGAUAUUCCCAAGGAGAUGGUGAGGCGAUCCUUCAAAACUUGUGGCAUCUCCAAUGCACUUGACGGAACAGAAGACGAUGCCAUCUAUGACUGUCCUGAAAUUGAUGCAGAUGAUGAGGAGAUGGAAGAAGAAUUCGACAAGGACAGCGAAGAUGAUGAUGAACGCUGA